AUGACCGCGCACGAGCACGACGCGAGCGUCGUGGAGGUGAAACUCCUCCUCCCGAGCGGCGCGAACGCGGACGCGGACGCGGCGCGCGCGCGCGCCGGCGCGCGAAUCCCCGGGGAGCUCAAGGGGGUCGUCUUCGAUUUCGACAUCGCCGCCGGCUUCGCGGCGGCGACGUGCGAAAAAAUCAAAAAAAUCGGAGGCGACCCGCGUCCGCCCCCCUCGGACGACGCGCGAAAUCGCCGGUCCUCGACCGCGUCCGACGCGUCGCAAGCGUCCGCUUCUGACCUCGCGUUCGACGACGCCCCGCUCCCGAACGGCGGCGGCGCGGACGACGACUGCUGGGACGCGUUGUUAUCCGCUUUCGAGUCGCACGUCCGCGGCGGCGGCGACGGCGACGGCGACGGCGACGCCGACGGCGCGAGCGCGACGGCGAUGGAGUUCGACGUCGACGACGCGUCCAUCUACUGCGGGUCUUCGUUUCAAGCUGCCGCGAGCGCGUUACAUCCGCCGCGCGACGUGGGAUUGGGAUAUGAUAACGCACACGCCGCGGACGUUUUCGCGGAUAUCUUCGACGACGCGUGCGACGCGUUCGGCUCCCCCGGCGGCGGCGGCGGCGCACGCGGCGACUUCCACGACGCGCUCUUCUCGACCUGGCCCGCGACGGACAACGCGACCAACGACUCGAUCGACAACAUCAUGAUGUACCCCAACUCGACCACGCACCACACUAAUAACGCCACGAACGCGACGGUUACUAAUGCGCUCACGAACGACGCGGUGGCGACGCACGCGAGCUCAGUGCUGCGAAGUCUCGUCUUCGGCGGCUCAGGCGACGACGACGUCGGAAAGCACGGCGGCGCGCGCGUUCGAAAGAGCAAGAGCGCGGCGAAAAGGGAACAACGACAACGACAACAACAACAACAACACACCUCCCCUGACCGUUUCACCACCACCGCGCAACGGUCGUCGCUCGAGCGUUUACACCCGCAGCGGUGGCGAGACGCGGCGGACGCGCGAUCGGCGUCGAGGGCGAUAAAAACGCGCGCCGACGAGCUCGCGCGCGCGACGUCGACGCGCCGCGCGAAGGACAUCGAGCGCGUCGUGCGAGCGUUUACCAUCGAGUUAACUCGUCUCGACGCGGCCGAGGAGGAUGUCCUUCACAAGACGCUCGCGAGAUCCGUCUCGAGCGGCGGCGAAACGGCCGGCAGCGAGGUGUUACGCGCCGUCCGCGAAGACGCGGUGAACGCGGCGCGGACGAGGCGCGUCCCGUUCUGCGAGUGCCGGUUCAAGCUGCUCGACCGGUUCGUCGAGGACGUCGAGGCGACCGCGGCUUUCGGCGGCGCGGCGGCGGCGACGACGACGACGACGCGCGCGAGCUCGUUGGAACCGAUCCGCCCGGCGGCGGCGGCGGCGGCGGCGCGACCGUUCAAGUCACCGAGCUCCGCCGCGCCGCGAGGGCUCGGGCUCGGGCUCGGCCCGGGCGACGCUCUCGCUCUCGACAGCGCCGGCGGCGUGCGAAGGAGCCACUCUCAGACGUGGACGCACCUCGCGAAAGUCGGCACGCCGCCGACGAAGCGAAGCGCGCGCGACGAGGUUGUCCUCGGAGCCCCCGCCGACGCCGACGCCGACGACGACGCCGACGCGAAGUCGAAGUCGUCCCCGUCCCCGUCCCCGUCCCCGUCCCCGUCCCCGCGGUUAUCGUUCCUCCCCGCGACGCCCGCGACGCCGCCGCCGAGAAAUAACGGCGGCGGCGGCGGCGGCGGCGGGAAGAACGGCCGGCACUCAAAGAAGGCGAAGGCGAUCCUCCACGAGUGGUUGUGGGACCACUUUUACCCCACCGCGGAGCGUCGAAAGCCGGUGCCGACGCGAGAGGAGAAGCGAGAGCUCGCGGCGAAGACCGGGCUGACGCCGCAGCAGGUUGGCGAUUGGUUCGUGAACGCGCGCGCGCGGCUUUGGAAGCCGUACAUCGAAGGGCUCGUCCGCGGCGUGUGCGACGAGAUGCAGACGCAGCCGGAGGGGGAGGCCGCGGCGCCCGCCGCCGCCGCCGCCGCCGCCGCCGCCGGAGGUGGCUCGUGCGAAGGAGGCUUCGGCGCGAUGCUGCGAGGCUCCCUGGAGUGA